AUGGACCCACGCUGCAACAAACCUCGCGAUUUUGUUGCCAACUCUAGAAAUUUAGCCGAGGGUGUACGUAAACAAAGGCAUCUGCAGAUAAAAUGGUUUCAGACGUACGAAUGGUUAUUGGACGAACACGUAAAAUUGGGAAACGAAUUGAAAAAACUUUGUGAAGAAAAGCACCCGAUCGUAGAGACUGAGUCAUUUGUUCGAGAAGAGGGAAAAACGUGUCUACCAUUUCCGGUUACUACGAGCGCUGAGUACGGUUGGCUUGCAAGUAAACCAAAAUUUCAACUGGAAAAAUAUGGAUCUUAUAUGCCAGUGUACCCCGAUCCUCUUCGCGACAUAGUACAUUUAACCGGAAAUAUACCUGUCCUCGCUGCUGGCAAAGGAUUCCUUUGGUAA